AUGAGUGUUCCACCUUUGCCUCCUAAUGAGGGUGUAGUGGAAGUCUGGAUGCCUGCAUUGGCACCUUUUGCUAAAAUUCUUUUUAGAGAUGAUGAUGAGGAUGAUCUCUAUAUGACACCUCCACCUGAGACUGUGCAUAAUGAGAAUGCCAAUCAUAGUGAAGAUGAGGAUGAUCUGUAUAUGACUCCUCCACCUGAGAAUCUCAAUGGACAUGUUGAAAACCAAGAGGCUGUUGAAGAGGCUGCCCAUGUGGAUGUGACUAUGACAAGGACUCCUGAGCAUGAGCGCCAGACUGUGCGAGAGCAAGAGCGUGCUGAAAGGCUUCAGAUGACUUCUCCUACUCUUCGGCGCGAGCGUUCUGCAUUACGAGGCUCUAUUCGUCAGCCUGUCUUUGAGGAUCUCUCUAGACCUUCCCAUCCUGUCACUUCUAAUCCUGCUCAGCCUCCUAUUUCUCUUGCACCACCCAUUCAGCUUCACCAGCCUGCCACACUUGCUCCUCCUGUCCAGUCAUACCAUUCUGCAGUGGCUGCUUCCUCUGCUCCAUCAUAUCAUCCUGCUCAAUAUGUUCCUCCCCACUUUUAUCCUGCUCCCAUGUUCCAACACUCUGUCUAUCAUGGUGCUAUGGCUCAUCAAAUUCCUGGACAAUAUCCUAUCCAUGCUCCCCCUCCUAUGCCUGCACCACCACCUCAUUAUUGGCCUGUGAAUGUUUCUGCCCAUCCUAAUCUUCCACGCCAUUUGAUUGGGAAUCAUGAUCGACAGGCUCGCAUGCGUCUUGCAGCAGCUAGCCAUCCUGACUAUGAGCGCCGCAUGAUGAAUAACUUUGAACAGAGCCAUGCAGAGCGUAGACGGCGUCGUAGAGAGAAUGCAAGGCCUGACGCAGUGGUUCCUCUUCCUAAUCCUGUCCAUCAUCCACAGCCUCCAUCAUCAUCUCGGCAUAAUAUGCAGGCUUUACAAUACCAGCAAGAGCAGCAGGAAUAUGAUCAUCAUAGAGCUUCCCUUCAUGAGCAGCAUCUUGAGGAGAUCCGCCAAUAUCUUAUAGAGGCCCAGCAGAGACGCAUAGAGCAUAGAGCACAAACACAGGCAGAGCAGCAGAUUAUUCUUGAGCAACAACAAGAAGACAAUGCCCAGCCACAAGAAGUCCAUCAGUAUCAUUUGAACCUUUCCCAGCAGAUUCAUGAUGACAAUCUUGCCAUUCAACACAAUCACCAUGCUCUAGCUCAAAAUCAAGUAAUGCAACAGCUACCUCUUGGUCGUCGUCCUUAUCAAGAGCCUGAUGCACGCUAUAGUGUUGGCCAUAUGAAUGUUGAAUGUUCCCACUGCAAAGCCCUUCACUUUUCCUCUGAAAAGCUAUCAUCCUCUACUCGCAAUCACAUCCGCUUUGGCAUGUGCUGUUUACAAGGCCAAAUUAGGCUGCCUGUGUUAUUGGACCCUCCUCAAACACUGCGUAAUCUUCUUUGUGGAGACACUGAGAAUGCCAAAUCAUUCAGGCUAAACAUCAGGCAGUACAAUAGUGCAUUUGCAUUUACUUCUAUUGCUGCCAAGCUAUCAGAUCAUGUUACCACUACUUCUGGGCCAUAUGCAUUUAAAAUCCAUGGAGAACUUUAUCAUCAGAUGGGUACCUUGCUACCACCCAACCAUCUUAGACCUUCCUAUGCUCAGCUCUAUGUUAUUGAUCCUCAGGCUGCACUCAAUGAGCGCAACAAUGCCAAUCCCAACUUGAAGUCUGAGAUCAUGAAUAACUUGCAGGAUAUGUUUCAUGAGCACAAUCCUUAUGUUCCCCUGUACCGCCAUGCCUAUCAAAUCAUGGCAGACAAGAAUCCUGGAGAACGAGACAAGCUUGCAGCCCAUAUUGCUGUCUUGCCCAAUACUGAUCAUCGCCGCUAUAAUGAGCCUACUGCAGAUGAAGUUGCUGCCAUCAUUCCUGGAAGUGGAGAUGAGGAAGUGGACUUGCACAGAGAUAUUGUUGCUUUCAUCCCAAUAUUCCUGCUCAUCCUGGACCUAAUGGCCAAAUGCUCUCAUCCAAGGUGUCUCAGCGCUGCUAUUAUGCCUAUCGUCUUAUGCGCCGUCUGCUUGAUCCUGAAACCAUCUUUAGAGCUGGCAAGCUAUUUCAGCAAUAUGUGGUUGAUGCUUGGGCAUCUAUUGAGUCUAGCAACCUUUUCUGGAUCAGGAACCAUCAGAAGGAGAUCAGAGCUGAAAAGUACCAGUCAUUGUUUGAUGCUAUCCAUGCAGAAGCUGAGGUAG